AUGGCUACUAAAUCUGUUUCCCUCGAAGAAUUUAAAAAAGAAAUUGUCCUUUCAUAUACUGAUGUCAUUGGAGAAAAGCUUGGAGGUAAAGUACUCAAGUUUUCUGAUGAAUGGUUUGCUGCGGCUGAAAACUUGAUCAAACCAAAGGACCCUAUAAGAGAGGCUAAUCGUUUCACUCAUGCAGGUGCUUGGUAUGAUGGAUGGGAAACUAGGAGACAUAACACCGAACCAGCAGAUUAUGUUAUUUUCAGAUUGGGUGUUAGUUCUGCUAAAUUGAUAGCUGCUGAAAUUGAUACUGCUUUCUUUAAUGGUAAUCAUGCUCCUGAUAUUUCUGUUGAAGCAGCUCUUUUGAAGGAUGAUUCUGAAAUAGACACUACUGAAUGGACUACUAUCAUUGAUAAAGUAGAAUGUGGACCUUCUCAGAGACAUUUCUUCAUCAGAAAAGAUGGCCUUACUACAGAUAACUUUACCCAUGUUCGUUUACAGAUGUACCCUGAUGGUGGUAUUGCUCGAUUCAGAUUGUAUGGUCAAGUGAUCCCCAUUUUACCUCUGGAUUUAAGCACUUUAGUCGAUACUGCUAGUGCUAACCAAGGUGGUGUAGCAGUUGCUGUUAGUGACCAACAUUUUGGUUCUGCUGACAACUUAAUUUUGCCAGGUCGUGGUGUUGACAUGGGAGAUGGCUGGGAAACCAAGAGAUCAAGAGAACCGGGACACACUGAUUGGGCUAUAAUAAAAUUAGGUGCUCCAACUAUCGCGAAGAAGAUAAUCAUAGAUACUGCUCAUUUCCGUGGUAACUUCCCUCAACUGGUGGUUGUCAAGGGUAUUUUCAGUUCUGAAAAGACUCCAGCACAUGAUGACUCUAAAUGGGUGGAAUUGGUUCCCCAGUCCAAAACCGGUCCUGAUAAAGAACAUACUUAUGAGGUUACCAACUCUGAUAAGAUAACUCAUGUGCAAUUAAUCAUUAUCCCUGAUGGAGGAGUCAAGAGAGUUAGGGUUUUAGGCAACAUCUCUCCAUAG